UAACUCUUGGUGCUACAUGCAUAACUCAUGUAAUAAGAUUGACCCAGUUGAACAUAUCUUGGCCUACUUCAGGGGGAGAGCAAUAUUAAAUUAUGCUUUGUCAUUGCUCACAUAUGAUUCUAGACAAGUUUAGAAAGUUGAUCAAUGAGUGUGGAGGACUUUUGUAUGAACAAUGUCAAAUAAAAUGUUUUAUCCUGCACUACUAGCGGUAUUAGUGGUGUCCCCUUAUCUCUGUGGCGCCAAACAUGUCGUCAUGAUGCCAGCACCAACCAAGAGUUAUCUCAUCUACCACGCCAAGGUUGGACACGCUCUUACAGAACUUGGCCACACAGUGUCCAUAUGUGUUCCAGAUUACCUGGCCAACAAAGGGCUCGUUCCAAACAAAGCUAUCGGCAUAAUUAAAUACGGGAAACAGCUGGGUGACAUAGAGGCCUAUAUUUUCAACAAGACUAACAUAAUUGCUGGAUUCUGGGCGGGAGAGGUUCCAGGUAUCGGCAAUUUGGGCAUAUUAAUCAACACUUUUAAAGAAUUAGUUAACCAAAUACUUUCUGAAGAGGCUUUUAUAACGUCAAUUCGUGACCUGAAGCCAGAUUUUUUAAUCCUCGAAAGUUUCGUGUUUACUCGAAAUUUGAUCGUCCUGCCUUACAAACUCGACAUUCCAUUUGGCCUGAUUGGCCCCAGCCAAGACAGUUUACUAAAUAGAGUUCCGUUCAAUUCUGCCUCGGAGACAUUCUUUUUUGAGAACGGAAGUGAUAGGAAAACAUUUCUGGAAAGGGUCAAGGCUGUCGUAGCUUCUGCUAUUCUUAUGGCCUAUGACCCUUUCACUGACGCCGAUAUUGUAACAAGAUAUGCCCCGGAUAAGCCUUACACGACUAUAAGGGAAAUUGCUCUAAAGGCUGAAAUAUCUAUUGCGGAAACAGAUCAUAUACUCGAUUAUCCGCAGAGUACUCUUCCCAAUACUAGAAGGGUUGGAGGCUUUUCAGUAAGUGAUGCUAAGCCAUUGCCACAAGACAUAAAGAGCUUUGUUGAAAGAUCUUCCAGAGGCGUAGCUGUUGUGUCUUUUGGGGGUGGGGAUAUCAAGGUACCUGACCAUAUUAAGUCCAAAAUGGCGACUGCUUUCCAAAAGCUAGAUUUAAAUAUAGUCUGGAAGACGAAUGGGGGUAAUGAAAAAGAGGAUAACAUUUUAGCUUUGAACUGGAUACCUCAAAAUGACCUCCUGGGUCAUCCUAAAACCAAAGUGUUUAUUUCUCACUGUGGGACAAACGGUCAGUACGAGGCUCUGUACCAUGGAGUGCCAAUCCUCUGUCUUCCUAUUUUUGGCGACCAAUUUUAUAACGCCAAUCGCAUAUAUGUGAAAGGAUUUGGACUAUAUGCAGAUAUAAGAGACAUUACUGCCAAAAAAUUAACGCAGCUGAUUCAGCAAGUAGCAGACGAUUCUAAAUAUAGAACUAACAUCCAGAAAGCAUCGCAAAUAUUCAAAGAGCUUCACAAAAUUCCCAGCAAAGAAGCAGCCUACUGGUUUGAUCACGUGAUGAAAUAUGGCGGAGAUUACAUGAGGUCGUCGGGGCAACAAAUACCCUUGUACCAGUUUCUGUUAAUAGAUGUUAUUGCCUUUCUUCUCGCUGUUGUUAUUGUUUUUACGCUGGUUGUCUGUCUCAUCCUCAGAAUGUGCUGCAGACGAUUUAAAAAAUCGAAACUAAAGACGGCUUAAUUUUUUAAGGCGAUCUCAUAGUCUCAUAUGAAAUAUACAGACCCGAAUACAGUUUUAAUUUUACAUUAUUGUAAAUUGUUGACAUUUUUUCCUUUUUCGUUCUCAUUAUUAUACUGGAGGGUUCAGACGGCUAGACCCAGGGGCGGACUGGCUAUAUGGGCAUUUGGGCGAAUGCCCGGUGGGCCGGUACCCAAACGGGCCGGUAGAGCAACCGAAAUGGCCGCAUCGAUGCCACUAUAGCACGUAAGAAAUUGUUAAAGGUUUUAUAAUAUUCUCUUAUAAAAAGGCCAUCUGAGUACCACUUUAAUUUAACACAUUUUCCGAAAUAAUGUAAUAGCCUUCAUCCGUAGACAGUGCUACUAGUAGGCUUUAUCCUUUUAGGGCCUACACACUUAGCGAUUAAAAAGCAACAUAAUGCCUAUAUUUCUAAUAAAGAUGUAGAGUUCACUGUAUACAUGCAUAUUAAUACAUUAUCAAACUUGACACAAUGACUUUAAGGACAGGUAGACCUAGAAAUGGAUGCCCAUCAUAUGAUAUAGAAUUUGUGGGCCGAAUUGCAUAGAAAUGCCCGGGCCGAUUUUGACAAUCAGUCCACCCCUGGGUAGACCAAUAUCUGAAAUGAACUGCGCGGUGGUUUCCGUAUAAGGCAGCUUUAGCUCUAUAUAGUUUCUCUUCUAUAGGUUAGUUUUGGGGGCCAGUGUCUUGUUCUGGCUUCUAGGCUGAUAAUAGAUUGUGACUGUUUUUAUUUUAAUGCCAUUAUUGUAGGCCUAAUGUUUUGUUUCAUGAGAUAGUUGGACGCACUUUUGUUUACUUAAUAUUGACAUUAUUAAUGGACAUUUAGUCUUAGCCGACAAUCAUGACUAUGGACAUUUAGUCGUAGGCAACAAUUAUGACUAUGGACAUUUAGACUUAGUCCACAAUUAUGACUAUGGACAUUUAGUCGUAGGCCAUAAUUAUGACUAUGGACAUUUAGUCUUAGCCCACAAUUAUGACUAUGGACAUUUAGUCGUAGGCCAUAAUUAUGACUAUGGACAUUUAGUCUUAGCCCAUAAUUAUGACUAUGGACAUUUAGUCGUAGGCCAUAAUUAUGACUAUGUACAUUUAGUCGUAGGCCAUAAUUAUGACUAUGGACAUUUAGUCGUAGGCCAUAAUUAUGACUAUGGACAUUUAAUCUUAGUCCACAAUCAUGACUGUAUUUUACAUUUCAAAGAACUUAGAAAGUAGGCCUACAUAUAGAAAUAUUGAGGUCUGAGUCAAAGGCAUAGCUCGGGAAUAAGGACUCGGGGGGGGGGGGGCGGAGGGGUUUGACAUCUUUAAGUGCCCUUGGAUUUUGACAUUCAACAAUAUGACACGAGCUAAUGGCGUAAUAUUUAAUGUAUAAAAAUAUUUCAGACACUCAUUUGGGGGAAUCCUCAAGUCGGGACCCCGGGGGGGGGGGAUUUUCAAUUUUGGACCCACUCUAGCCUCGCCACUGGUCUGAGUUAUUUUUUCCCGUACAAAAUAGGCCUAAACAUGCAUGUAGAGUAUUGUGUACGGUACAAAACAUGCCAGCGACGUUUAUGUUUAUAAAUAAUCCAUGUUGUCCAUAAUCUUAGUUGGGUACUCUAUGCAUGAAAGUUACGUAUUCUCAUAUUUAUGUAUUUAUUUGGUUUUGUUUUUUUCUACAAAUAUAAUAAAUGAAUAAUUACUUUGA